CCGGUCUUCCCGACUCUUCCCUAAACAAUUACCCUAUUCUUCGGAAAUCGGCCUCCCCUAUUUAUCGUCCAGAACCUGUUCCUUCCGGUCAAUUGACAUUCCCCCCUCUCCUCUCCCCCGCAAUGGCCUCUAGAUCCCCAACGGCGAUGACUCCACUGCCCAAAUCCGUCCCGGGUACGCCUGGGCUUGGCAAGGAGACAACAAUAAACACGCCCAUCCCACAGCCUCCCCAACAACCGGUUGAUUUCCCUCCGCCCCAGACUUUUGAUAUUAUCCCACCAUUGCACGGUCUCUUGCUUCGUCUCCUCUCCCCGCACGCUAACGCAGAUGGACCGUCGAACGGUACCAGAGCGGGUGAAGACACCACAGGGGCCACCGGUGCGGCCGGCCUAUCGUCGGCUGCGGGCCCCAGUCAGACUCCGUCGCAGCAGGCACAAGGUCAAUCGCAACAACAGUCGAGCACCGGCAACGGCAGCAAUGGUGGUUUAUUACCCGGUCCAUCCUCUGCAGUCCCCGGCAGCGCGUCCGCGGCGGCAGAGAUAGCGGCCCUCGCGUCAAAUGCGCCUCCGCCGUUGGACCUUAAGGAUCUGCCCACCGAAGCUAGUUCGAUCAAGAUUCGGAUACAAAAGGCAUACGGGGUGGUGGACAGUUUGCCUGACGUGCAGCGUUCGGUUUCGGAGCAGACUGCAGAAAUUGCCGAGCUGGAGGAUCGGAUUUCAAGGCUCAAGUCGGUCAUUUCCGAUUUUGGCAGGAGAGCAGAUUUGGGAAAUUGAUGUUCAAGCAACCACACCCUUUUCGAUGACCAGCAAGGCUCGCUUUGUUACGAUGGGGACACAUCGGUCGAACAUUGGAUGGUGACAGCCAUGGGACUGACCCUCGAGAUACAGGGCCGAGAAUACAGGGCACUGAGAAUAGGUCAUCAGGAAACAGCACAGUUUCUUCUGACGGUGUCGACCUGUCGACCUAUGGGAGGCCAAUUUCCCAU